CUACUGGCUGUUCGUCGCCGACUGCGACUCCUCUGCGAUCUGCCGGACUGCGAUGAAAGCCUGUCUUCCGCGGCAGCCACAGUAACAACCUUGAGAAGCCUUUUCGUGCACCUGCGAACCACCUGCCUGCCCUUCCUGCGUAUCGCUGCCUUCAUCAUGCAGGAGAUUACAGCCAUUGAUGUGCCCGACGCCGCCACGCUCUGCCAGCAGUCUGCCGGUACUUGUUGUUGUUCCUCUUUCCCUGUAAAUCAGUAUCAGUUUAUUGAGGGAAAGCUAGGCGAAUGCCUUUGA